AUGUCCAAUGCUGGUUCUAAUAAUAAGAGCUAUUACAUUUCAGCUACAGGAAAUAAAAAUGGUCCAAAACAGAUCCACGUAGCUCACAGAAGGAGUCAAAGUGAGUUGACUGAUUUAAUGAUCGAGCAAUUAUCUUUAGAAGAUGUCCAAAAACAUAAUCAAAGUCAAAAUAAUACCAAUAACCAUACUAAUUACAGAGGUUCCCCAAUCCACCACAAUAAAAACAACAAUCAUUAUAAUAAUAACUUCCAUUCAAGAAAUUAUUCUGAACAUUCUAAUAACAAUAAUCCCUUUUCUCCUCCAAAGAUUAAUAUUCAAGAUUCUGAUGAUAGAAAUAGUUUGGGUUACAUGCACAAGAAAACAGGUUCUCAAUCAAGUGCGUAUGGCCAUAAUAGAAGGCAAUCUUUGGUCAUUGAUGAAGCAAAAAAAUAUGCGGCAGAGGAACAAGCUAAGAGACAUGGUAAUGAAGACACUUUAAAUAUUCAAACUUCAUCUAAUUUAUCCUUAGAUCCUCCACCUAGUUUCAAAUUUCCUCAAUCUCCAGAAAAACAUUUGGGUCAACAAAGUUUCAAAUUUCCACCUUCAAUUAAAAUAAAUACAAAAAAAGAAUCUCCAAAAAAGGAUGAAGAUAAUUUUAUUAAAACCCCAACCCAUUCUCAUCGUCGUUCAAGAUCGAGAAACAAUUUCAACGGCUAUUCCAAUAAGCAGAAUAACCAAUCACUAUCUAAUCAACAUUCACCUUUCCGUAGUGUAAGUGGACAAUCAAAGGAUAAUAACUAUAAUUCAUUUACUGCACUAGAACCUCCAGCACUAUUCCAACCAGGUCACAAUAAUAAUCGUCCAUCCAACGGUUCUAUCCAGAGCAAUAAUUCCCACGGAAGCGCUAAUGUUAAUGGUAAUGGUAAUGGUAAUGGUAACGGUAAUGGUAGUCAAAGAAAAGCACUUUAUACUCCUUAUCUUCCACAAUCAAAUAUUCCAGACUUAGUAAAGCAAGGCAGAUUGGUUACUGGUGUACUAAGAGUCAAUAAAAAAAAUAGAUCAGAUGCUUGGGUUACUACAGAUGGUGUUUUAGAUGCUGAUAUUUAUAUAUGUGGUUCCAAAGACCGUAACAGAGCACUUGAAGGUGAUUUGGUUGCAGUUGAAUUAUUGGCUGUGGAUGAUGUUUGGGAAUCAAAGAGAGAAAAGGAAGAGAAGAAGAGAAGGAAAGAUGCUAGUAUCCAACAUGACAUCAUUCCAUUAGACAGUACUGAUGAUUACCAUAACGAUGCUUCCAUUAACAUUUCAAACAAGUUACAUGCAUCGAAUGAAGAUUACCCAAUAUUAUCACCAAAUACCCCAAAUUUAAAACGCUAUGAUUCAGAAAAACCAGGUGCUGGAUCUGACUCUGAAACAAUAUCACCUAGCAGAUCUUCUGUUAAAAGAAGAGGUUCUUUGAAACAACGCCCAACACAAAAAAAGAAUGAUGAUGUCGAAGUUGAAGGUCAAUCAUUAUUAUUAGUGGAAGAAGAAGAAAUCAAUGAUGACUUUAGACCAUUAUAUGCUGGUCAUGUUGUUGCAGUUAUCGACCGUAUCCCUGGUCAAUUAUUCAGUGGUACUUUAGCUCUAUUAAGACCUUCUCAACAAACUCAACAUGAUAAUAAACCACCUCAUGUUCCUAAAAUUGUUUGGUUUAAACCUACUGAUAAAAAGGUGCCUUUAAUUGCCAUUCCAACUGAAUUAGCACCUAAAAAGUUUGUCGAAAAUGCUGAAAACUAUAAUGAUACAUUAUUUGUCGCAGCUUUAAAACGUUGGCCAAUUACUUCUUUACACCCAUUUGGUGUCAUUAUUACCGAACUUGGUGUUUUAAGUGAUCCAAAUAUUGAGAUUGAAUCGAUUUUGAAGGAUAAAAAUUUCUUAUCGAAUGAAUAUUUAGAUGCUAAUGAUAAAACAAAGGAGAGAUCGAACUUUAAGCCAUUAGAAAUAAAAAAUGAAACAUAUGAAACAAGGAAAAAUUUCUUCAAUGAAAAUAUUGUUGCUAUUUCAACUUUAGAAAGCAUUACUGAUUUUUCUUUCCACAUAAACGAAUCGAUUAAAGGCAAACUUCAAUUUGGUUGCCAUAUUGUUGAUGCUACGGAGAGUAUCGAACCAAACUCUUCACUUGAUCGUAGGGCUAGAAAGAGAUCUACAGGUGUCUUCUUACCUCAGAAAUCAGUUAAUUUAUUACCAAAAGUGUUUAAUGAAUUCUUAACUUUUAAAGAGGAUAAAGUUUCUUUAGCCAUUUCGGUAGUAUUUACAUUAGAUGCAGAAACAUUUGAAACUGAAUCUAUAUGGAUUGGUGAAACAACAAUUAAGCCAUCUAUGGUUAUUUCUGAAGAAUCCUUGAACGAUAUAGUUGAACAAGGCUCCUCAAAGACUGUUGCUAAACUUCAACAAAUUGCAAACCAGUUUUUGCGUGAGAGAAUCGAUUACGUUGACGCUGAUGUUAGUGUUUCGCUUCCACUAAUAAAUAGUUUAGAUGAUGAAAAGGUUCUUGUUGAUUUAAACAUUUUUGAAAACCGUAUAUCUUCAAAUAUUAUAGAAGAAAUCAAACGUCGUGUUAAUUCAAUUGUUGCAAAAGAGAUUUACGACAAGUUAGGUGAUAAAGCCUUUUUGCGUAGACAGGCAAUUCCUAAUGAUACGAAAAUGGAAUUCUUUAAAAAAAAAGUCAAUCAAUUAGGUUUCGAAAUUGAUACGUCAUCUGCAAGUGGAUUACUAAAGUAUAUAUUGAGCAUUAAAGAUCCAAAUGCCAGAAGAGGUGUUGAAAUUUUGUUAUUCAAAUUAAUGUCAAGAGGAAAGUAUUAUGUUGCUGGAAAAGUUGAUAAAGAACAGCAUAAAAACUUUAUUACUAAUAUCCCACUAUAUACGCAUUUUACAUCUCCUCUGAGAAGAUAUGCUGAUCACAUUGUUCACAGACAAUUGAAGUCACUAUUACGUGGUAAUGAAUUUGAGGAAGACAUUCAUUCAUUAAGAAUUACAUCAGAAUAUUGUAAUUUCAAAAAGGAUUGUACAUAUGAUGCGCAAGUACAAGCUAUUCAUUUAUUAUUGUCUAGUGCUAUUAAUGAUAUGAGUAAACCUACCGGUCAAUUGCUAACAAUGGCAACCGUUUUACAGGUUUACGAAUCUUCCUUUGAUAUUUUUAUCCCAGAACUAGGUAUUGAAAAGAGAGUGCACGGUGAUCAGUUGCCUUUAAUCAAAGCUCGUUUUGAUCCGAUGAAUAAGGUCUUGGAAUUAUACUGGCAACCUAGAAUUGAUAGUGCUACAUUUAUUCCAGCAGAUGAGAGACAAGCCAAUUCCUAUAGAAAUUCUAUCAAGAAUAAAUUUAAAUCCGAAUCCGAAGAAAUUGCCACUAAUGAAUUUGAUAAGUAUAACAAUAAUGAGUAUUUAGUUAGUCCAUCUUUUCAAAAAGAGUUAGAAAGCAUGAACUUAAAGAUACCUCAUAUAAGCUUUCCAGAAUAUGAUCCUAAAAUUGGUGCGUUACAAAGCUUUUUAUCUACCACUGUUUCUAGGAGAGAAAAUGAACAUUAUAUCCAAGAAAUAACUGAAUUGCAAAGAAUACCUGUUCUAUUAAGAGCUGAGAUUGGUAUGGCAUUACCAUGUCUAACUGUCAGUGCUUUAAAUCCUUUUAUCAAAACUGAAGACUAA